CAGAGUCAUAGUCCAACACUCAAACCACUAUGCCACAGUAGUUUAACAUAGACAAUUUUUUAAAAUAAAUUGAACAAUAAAAUAAUUAAAGCCCUCUAGGAAAAGGCAGAAAUGCUGGGUGCUGCCAGAUACUUAAUUGACUGCCAUUAAUAGCAUUUUCAUUUAUUGUGCAUUUUUCACUGCAUUGCCUGCAUAAUAAGAUGCCAGGGCAUUAAGUGAAGUCUGUAGUUUAUUUCCUAAGAAACGUUUAAACUGACAGGGGUUGGAUGGCAGAAAAUCAGAAAGCAAACUAGGGGUAUAGUGGUGAAACCAUGUGAUGGUAAAAUGGUAGCAACACCCUUGGGAAAAAAGAGUGGCAUCUCAUCCUGUCAGUGCUAGAUACAGUAGCAAAUAGAAAUCUCUUUGAUUUAAGCCCCUUCCUAAUUUUCCAUCCUUGGUUCUGCUCAGCUCCUGGAACAUUAACAAGUAUGUGGUGAUGAGUUUCCCUGCUCUUCAGGGAAUGUCAUAACAAGAUCAUGGUUAUCAUUAUGGCAAUGGUGGAUUGUGAUUUGGGCCUGUUUUAAGAAUUAAAAGAUGUUGCCUCUCUAAGAUGCAGGUGGCUUUUGAGGAGGUGGUCGUGUAUUUCACUGAGCAGGAGUGGUCCUUGUUGGAUGUGAACGAAAGAGCUCUCUACUGGGAUGUCAUGCAGGAGAACUACCAGCACGUGAUCUCACUGGGGUUUCCAGUGGCUUGGCCUAGAACGCAUCUGGAGCAAGAAGAACUGGGGAGAUUGCAUUUCCAGGGACAUCAGGGGGAAAAAACCUUUACAAAAUCCUUUGGAGCUGUUGAUGAAAAGAAAGAGGACUUUCAUAAGAAAAGGCUUUUAAAGGAGGACAUAUCUAUGCAAGCUCUUUACUUGAAAGAUAUUGAGGAACUAAAUAAAAAUAUGAUGCCAGGAGAACAUAUACUGAAGAAACAUUUAUGUCCCGAUUGUGGGAAAAUUUUUUGCCGCCGUUCAGAUCUUGUUCGGCACCAAAAACUCCAUACAGGAGACAAACCCUAUGUCUGCAUUAAGUGUGGAAAAGGCUUUGUUCAGAGUACCCAUCUCAUUGCACAUCAGAAAAGCCAUGCAAGAGAGAAACCCUUCAUCUGUUCUCACUGUGGGAGGAGUUUCAACCAGAUCUUAAACUUCACUAGACACCAGAGAACUCACUCUAAAGAACCACCUUUCAGAUGUUCUGAGUGUGGAAAGACCUUCAGCCGCAGUUCAAACCUUAUUAUGCAUCAAAGGACACACACAGGAGAACGGCCUUACAGAUGUUUUGACUGUGGAAAUAGCUUCAGUAGGAGUUCAACUCUUGUUACACACCAGAGAACUCACACAGGGGAGAAACCCUAUAAAUGCCAGGACUGCUGGAAAAGUUUUGGAAGGCGCUCGACCCUUGUUAUGCAUCAGAGAACUCACACUGGGGAGAAGCCUUAUAAAUGCCCUGACUGCCCAGAAACAUUUAGUGUUAAAUCUGGUCUUCUUAGUCAUCAGAGAAUCCACAUGACUGAAAAACCCUAUUUAUGCCUGGAAUGUGGCAAACACUUUUGUCGGAGCGCAGACCUCAUUAUCCACCAGAGAAUUCACACAGGAGAAAAGCCAUAUCAGUGCAAUGACUGUGGCAAGAAAUUCAACACAAAUUCUCACCUUGUUACACAUCAGAGAAUUCACACAGGAGAGAAACCGUACAAGUGCCCUGAGUGUGGGAAAAGUUUUUCUUACAGUUCAGUACUUGUUGGCCACCAGAGACUUCACACAGGAGAAAAACCUUAUGCAUGUCUCAAGUGUGGGAAAACCUUCCGUAACAAUUCACAUCUGAUCACUCACCAGAGAGUACACUCAGGAGAGAAACCUUAUCAAUGCCUUGAGUGUGGGAGGAGUUUUAGUGUAAGUUCGAAUCUUACAAAACAUCGGAAAAUCCAUGAAAGAGAGACAUCAUUUAAGCAGGAGGAGCCUAAUGAACUUCUGUAUAAUCAGAAAAGUUGCUAAAUAAGGUAUUGCAUUGUGGAAGCAUUAGUACAUCACCCCAGAUUUUGUAUUAGAGAAUGAUCAAAAUUGGGAAUGGACAUAAAGUAGCAAGGAAUGUAUACUAUGUAGAACGUAGAAUGAUUUAGUUUUGGGAUCAGUUAGAUGAGCUGAAAUAACAUAUUAACUGAUAAUUUUUGGUGGUUUUCAUGGGAGAUAACCAACUACUCAUUGAAAUUUUAACAUAAAGAGGGAUAUAACUGAUAAGUUUUCAGUAUAACACUAACAUGCUUUGAUUCAUUAAUUUGUUAGUUUAGAAAAUUACUGCUGCUUUUUAUAGGCCUUGAGAGAUUUAAAUCUGCAGUGUCUAUGUGUUGUCAUGUACAGCUCGUGCGUGGAGCUGUACAUUUUUCUCUGCAACAGGUUUUUUUCCUUCAUUUUGGAAGAUGGAGAACAUCUUUUCAAAGUUCGUUUGUCUUUCAUGCUGUGAGCCACAUUCUGCUCAUUUACUCAAGAUUAAACUAUAUUGAACUUGAUGGUACUUUUGAAUAGACAGGUGUAGGAUUGUACUCAUCACUGAUUUAUUAAAAAGAAAAUAACUUUAUGUUAGAGGUGGGAGGUCUUCUGCACAUCUUCAGAAACUAUGGAGUGGGGCAUGGGGGAAUACAGGUUUCCUUUCAAAAUUAACCUUAUGUUCACUUAACUAGAUGUCAGCUUCAGUGAACACAAAGUGGUUUUUAAUUUUGGGGCAGGAAAAUGUGCAUAUAAUUGGCCAAUAAUUUCUUUAUAAAUGCAAAACGUCUGCCAGAUAUCCAUAGUUAAGAUUGGUUAGUGGUGAAGGGAGGGCUGUAUUUACUUGGGAAGGUGGAACUUUUUUUAAAAGGGCAGCAGUAUUAGAAGGUUUGCCCUGGAUGUUUCUUUCUGCUAUUGCCAGCAGAAUGGCACUAUGGGGUGGCAAAGUGGAUUCCUGCCAUAGGAGUAAAACAAAGAGUAAUUUUCCUUCACUUGGAAUAUAACUUGUCAAGAAGAUGUCUAGGAGCUCUUUCGACUAAACAAUUAUAGUACUGUGAUUCUACUUUAACCGACAUGGCUGCAUCCCAUGAAAUCCUGGGAUUUAUAGUUUAGAGAGGGCUGUUUAGAAUUCUCAGCCAGUGAGCUCUAGGGCCUCACGCAACUGCAAACCCUAGGAUUCCAUACAAUGUUGCCAUGGCAGUUAAAGUUGUGUCAAAGUGCUAUUGUUGUAUAGUAUGAAAAGGCCUGAGUUGGAACUCUUGUCCAUGGCAUGCUAGUUUUUUUGUGUGCAGGGAUAUUUUUAAGUGCAGAAAAAUAUUUAUAUGAUGUAAUCCAGGAAAAAGAUUACCACUUGCCAAUGCAAUCCUAUACAUGUCUACUCAGAGGUAAACACCAUUAUGGGCCAAAACAGAUGGGUGGAAGGGGCGGCUUGAAGCUCCCCCUUCCAAAGACAGAUUGGGACCGCAGUGAAUGCACACCUUGCAGAUGGCUGAAAAAGGAGCGGCAAAGAUGCGCUCCUUUUUCGGCCAGGGCAAAGGUGACAUUUUCUGACCUGCCACAGCCCCAUGGCAGCUUCAAGCUGCUCUGAUGUCAUGCAUCGUACAGAUGCCAUGCCGCCAGAGCACCUUGAAGCUGCCCAUAUCUGGGUGGCCGUCCGACAUCUGGGCGGCUUCAGGGCAGUGUGGGAGCAUGUGGUGUACAAAUCCUGCGCUCCCAAGCCACCCAGACAGCAGCUUUAAAGGGCUGUCUGUUCCGACUCUAUGUGCAUUUUCCCUACAGGUAUCAGGCUGCAGCCUUAAAUGUUAUAUAUGUACCACAGAUAGUUCCAAGUUGGCUUCUUGAAAAAGAAAUGAAUAACGAUAAGAGUUCAUACAAUGAUUAGUGGAAGAGACUAAUUUUUCUAGCUCACAUUAACAGUAACAAAUUACAAUUUUGACCUUCAUUAUUAACAAAACAAAUUAAACUUAGUUUUUUGUGGGUUUUUUUUUUCUGGGCUAUGUGGCCAUAGCCUGAAACACCAACAAAAAACUGGAUGCUGGCCAUGAAAGCCUUCAACUUCACAAAUUAACCUUGUUUAUUUUAACAAGCUCUGAUCCUUAUCUUUUUCCCCCCUGAAAUGGUUGGGGUGGGAGUCAGGGAGCUGUAGUAAGUUCAAAUUCUACACUGUAGAAACCCAAGUCUAAUUUUUCCCUUUUCAAGAGAGAUUGUACAAAUAAAGUAUAUUUAUAUCUGUU